AUGCUAGCGAAAAUCGACAAGCUCUCUAUCCUUGGUGUUCGGUCCUUUGACAACACUCGAAGCGAGACGAUUCAAUUCCACACGCCUCUGACGUUGAUCAAGAUUAACCGCCUGAAGACAAUCAUCGAGUGCCUCAAAUAUGCGACUACUGGUGAUUUACCCCCCAACAGCAAGGGUGGAGCCUUUAUUCACGAUCCGAAGCUAUGCGGCGAGAAAGAAGUUUUGGCCCAGGUGAAGCUCGCCUUCAAAGCUACGUCAGGCGCGAAGAUGGUAGCAACUCGAAGCCUGCAACUCACGGUGAAAAAGACGACCCGUCAACAAAAAACGUUGGAAGGCCAGCUUUUAAUGGUGAAGGAUGGAGAGCGAACAGCAAUAUCGUCUCGUGUCGCUGAACUCGACCAAAUCAUGCCCCAAUAUCUCGGUGUAUCAAAAGCGAUCCUCGACUCCGUUAUAUUCUGCCACCAAGACGAAAGUCUCUGGCCGAUGAGCGAACCUUCCGUGUUGAAGAAGAAGUUUGAUGAAAUAUUCGAGGCUAUGAAAUACACGAAAGCGAUUGAUAACAUCAAAGUCUUGAGGAAGAAGCAGAAUGAAGAACUCGCCAAGUUCAAGAUCAUGGAGCAACAUUCAAAGGAAGAUAAAGACAAGGCGGACCGCGCUGAGAAGAGAUCCAUAAAACUGCAGGAGGAAAUCGAGGCAUUGCGCGAGGAGACACACAACCUGUCUCAAGAGAUGCGGAACGCUGCCGAACUGGCCGACAAAGCUUGGAAAGAGUCCGAGAGCUAUGCGCAAGUUCUUGGUGCUCUAGAAGGGAAGCGGAUCGAGGCAAGAAGCGUUCAAACUAGUAUCGAUAAUCUUAAGCGGCACCUCGUUGAACUCGAUGAGUCUGAUGAAUGGCUACAAUCCACUUUGGAGCAAUUUGAAGCUAGACAAAUCCAGUAUCAAGAACAAGAAGAAACCCUAAAAGAAAAAUAUAUGGAAAUCAAGGGGCGGAUUGAAAACACACGUCAUCAGUUAGGACUCAAGCAAGCCGAGCAUGGAAAACACGAGAACGACAAGGCUCAGUUUGAGCGGCAAGUCGAAAGACGAGAAAACAUGGUUAGAGAGAUUUCCAGAAGAAACAAUAUUCGUGGGUUUGAUGACACCCUGGACGAGGCCCAGAUCGAUGAGUUUAUGCACAAGAUGCGGAAGAUGAUAAAGGAACACAACCAGGCUCUAGAACGAACUCGAAAGGAAGGUCAGUUAGAGAUUCGCGAGACACAGAAUGCUCUCAAUCAAAUUUCUCAACGGAAAUCGACACUUCAAGAGGUUAAGAACUUGGCAAGGAAGCAAAUUUCCGAUAAUGACAAAGAAGUAGCGUCGGUUCAGAGUCGUCUAAAUGAAAUUGACGUUGAUGAAGGGAAAAUUGCAGUUUUUGAAUCGAAGAAAGAAGGCGUACAAUCUCGUCUUGAUGGGUUUAAAGAAGCCCUUCGAAAUUCGACGUGGGAUAAAGAUAUCCAAGAUUCCAACAAUGAUCUAAAGUCGCUUGAGGACAAGAGCGCCCAAUUGAACGCGGAACUAAUUGCAGGAACGAAACGAGCUGGUGAUUUGGCUCGCCUAGACCAUCUGAAAAAGGAGCUCAAAGACCGCGAACGCCAACAAGAAACCAUGUCAGGUGCCCAUGGUGAGCGUUUAUCGAAACUUGUCACGCAGAACUGGAGCCCCGAGACGCUCGAAAAUGAAUAUCAUAGGGUGAUGGAAGAUGAGACAAAGUCUGUGACUAUAGCUGAACGUGAUCGUGAUGGGGUCGGACGACAAUUGGAUCAAGUCGAUUUCAAGCUAAAGAACACUCGAGCAGAUCUUCAGAAACGACAAAAGGAACGCGACGAAUGUGUGAAGAAGAUUCGAGAAGCCAUCGACGAUGACCCAACUGAGUAUCCGGAUGUCCUGCAAACCCGGCAAAACUUGCUGGACCAAACAAGAAAAGACGCCGAACAGUUUGCAGGGAUGCACGAAUAUUUCAAUAUGUGUCUGGAUGCCCUUGAUAAGAAGAAAAUGUGCAGAACGUGCAUGAGACCAUUCAAAAACGACACCGAAAUGCGAAGUUUUAGGAGCAGAGUAGAAGGCUUGAUCAAAAAGAACUUUUCUUCUUCGGACGAAGAUUUGAAACAGGCUGAAACUGAAUAUGAAGCUGCCCGAAUAGUGAGCACUGAUUAUGACACAUGGGUUCGCCUGACGGAAAAUGCCAUUCCUGAACUCGAGAAAGAGGAAGAGCAGUUCCAGUCACAGAAAGAAGAAUAUUUGAUUAAAAUCGAAGAUCACGAUAAGACUGUGGACAACCUCGCGGAGAAGAAACGAGAGGUGGAAUCUCUCUCCAAAACAGUCACGUCGAUUGUUCGUGUUGCUGGCGAAAUAAAGUCUCUCCAAUCUCAAUUGGCAGAACUUACUUCCAAACAGCAAGGCCCUGAGUCUUCGCGGACACUUGAAGAUAUUCAAACUGAAAUUGCAGGCCUGGGAGAGAAAACGAGGGCUAUAAAAAUGACGGUCACAAAACUUUCGAAUGAGAAGGAGCAGUGCCGAAAUGACCUUAACAAGUCGGAACUGGAACUCAGAGACGUGAAGAGCAGCCUGGAUAAUGCUAGUUAUCAACUGGAAAAGAAAUCAGGCCUUCUUGCUCGGAUUGAAGAAUACAAAACAUCGAAUGUUAAGCAGCGAGGAUCUAUUGAAAAUGCUGAUCGUGAUAUCGAACAAUUGUUACCUGAAAUGUCAAAAGCUCAGGCAAAGUAUGACGACAUCAGUCAACGUGUCGAAGCAAAAGAGCGAGAGCUUCAGCAAGAUUUAACAAAACUGUCGGAUAGUCUGCGCCAGCUUGAUCUUGCAAACGACGAGAUCAAAUCUUACCAGGAUCGCGGAGGUCCAGGUCAAUUGGCUCGGAGUAAACAAGACCUAGGAGGCAUUCAUCAGACAAUCGAGUCUUUGGAGGCUGAACAGAGUGAAAUCACGCGAGAGAUUAACAAAAUCUCUACUCAACUCACGGAUAGCGAGAAUACCAAGCGACAAUACUCUGAUAAUCUGGCGUAUCGACAAGCCUGUCAAACGUUGGAGGAAGUUCAAGAAGACGUUAGACAAUUGGAAGAACAAAAUGCAGAAGUUGAUCGCGGUCGUUUCAAGGAAGAAUCCGAAAGAUGGACACGGAAACAUAACGCUCUUGCUGCCCAGCAAGCGAGUAAGAUGGGUGAGAUGAAAUCAAAAGAUGACCAGCUCAUGCAACUCCUAGCAGACUGGAACACCGACUACAAGGACGCGGCUGUCAAAUACAAGGAAGCCCAUAUCAGGGUUGAGACUACAAAGGCUGCUGUUGACGAUCUUGGCCGUUACGGGGGUGCAUUGGACAAGGCCAUUAUGAAAUACCACGGUCUUAAGAUGGAAGAGAUAAAUCGCAUAAUCGAGGAGCUUUGGCAGCGGACGUAUCGAGGAACCGAUGUCGACACCAUUCUUAUUAGGUCUGACAACGAAAACGCCAAGGGCAACCGCUCUUAUAACUAUCGAGUUUGCAUGGUUAAGCAAGGUGCCGAAAUGGACAUGCGUGGACGAUGCAGUGCCGGCCAGAAGGUCCUUGCAAGUAUCAUUAUUCGUCUCGCUUUAGCUGAGUGCUUUGGCGUCAACUGUGGACUCAUCGCGCUGGACGAACCGACAACGAAUCUGGACCGAGACAACAUUCGCUCUUUGGCCGAGUCACUUCACGAUAUCAUUAGGACUCGUCAACAACAAUCAAAUUUCCAACUUAUUGUCAUUACCCAUGACGAAGAGUUCCUACGCCACAUGCAAUGCGGCGACUUUAGUGAUUACUAUUACAGGGUGUCGAGGAAUGAGAGGCAGAAAUCGAUUAUUGAGAGACAAUCGAUCGCUGAGGUUAUGUGA